UUUAAUAAAAAGAAAUGUUAAGAUGAAUGGAAUAUGAAGAAAAUUGAAAUACAUUUCAUUUUUUAUGAUAAAAUUUGUAAUGGAAUGAUUUUCUUUGAAUUAUUAUUUUUCUUUGUGAAAUUGAUGGAAUGAGCAUUUUAUUGCAUUCGUUAUAAAUGGUAAAACAAUUUACGGAAUGUUUGACCCAAAACAGUGUAUGGAAUGAAUGGAAUAGAACAUUUCACAUUAUUUCAUUCCAAAAAUUGAAAUUGAAAAUUCAAUUACAGCCAAAAUAUUUGAAGCACCGUAGAAUUCAAAUAUGGUUAUGGUUGCAAUAAACCAGUUAUAUCAGUCAACCAGAUAUAUCGAUAAACCAAUCGAUUAACAUAUAAUAAUAUAGCUAUUUGUAUACUACAAAUUUUUUUAUUUUUUUUAUUUUAUUGUUAAAUUUACUAUUAAAACAAAAUUUCUUGGUUCUGUUAAUUUUAAAUAAAAUAUUUUAUUGAUACACCUAUUUUAUAGAUUUUAUUCAUUUAGUACUAUAAAUGACAAUAAUCUAUUUUUGUUUGUUGCUCGAAAAUCUAUUUUUGUUUUGUAGAGAAAAAUUUUAGUGAUUUUUUUUUUAAUUUUUAUGUCAUAUAAAACCCGUUAAGUGAUUUUUGAUUAUGAUUUUCCGAUCUAACGAUUAGUUAUGACUUAUAUAGAAAAUAAAUAGUGUUGUAUUUGCGUCAUUUUAAUAAGGGUAUUAGCAUGAAUAUUUAAGAUUUGCGGAAUAUACUUAAGAUAUCACUUAAAAAUUCCGUCUAAAGUGAGUUAAAUAAUCUAAAUCCGCCAUUAAAUUAAGCAAACCUAUGUGUUUUACAAGUCUUAAGUAAAUCCGCACACUCUGAUUCAAAGAUGACUUUUUACUUCUUUUAUCAAUAAUAUAGCUUUUACAUUUAUAGUUCGAUUAAAAAUAUUAGACCAUUUCCACUAAAACUCUAUAUUAGUGUGAUUUUGACACAAAAACUUUUUCUAAUCCAACGCUAAAAAUAAUAUCAUUUUAGUUCAAUACUAUAAUUUCACAUCAAAUUUAGGGUGAUACUAUUUACCACACUAAAACACUAUUCACUCCACUAAAAUACUAUUCACUUAUUUUAUCAAUAAAAUAGACAAUUAAAAAAAUGACAAAAACAUAAAUACAUAUAAUAUUAUAAAACAGUUUUUAGUGUGAAAUUUGGUAUUGUGGUCGGAGAAGAACUUUUUUAGUGCUGAAAUUGUGUGGUUUUGAUACUAAAAUAGUGUUAUAGAUUGCUGAUGCCCGCUUUUUGUAAGUGGAUAUCACAAUUGUUUGAAUUUGUCGCCCUAUUUCUCUCUCGGGCCCGACAAUCGAGGAGCCGACAGUUAUCAUCUCUCUCGACGCCGGCGAGGCCUCUGGCCGCUGGCGUCGGGUCCUCUGCUCUGCCUCCUGUUACUCAUCGUCUUUAGCUUGCUUACCACCGUGUUCUACUCGUUUCCGCCACUCGUGUCUUCGUUUCCGCCACUCGUGUCUUCGUUUCGGAGUUUGGGACACCGGAUCCGUAACCUUCUAGGGGUUUCCCCACUUCUCCAUCAUGCAGGUCAGCUUCAGUCACCCCCAAACCUCUAGAUCUAAGCCUCUUCGAUAGUGUCGUCCGCCAUAUCCGCCGUCUCUACCACAUCUAGUGCUCGGUCGCAGUACUCUAUACCCUUGUGUAUGUGGAGUUCAACUGUUUUCCAAGGUUUUGGUACCGAUAUCGUGCUACCUGAGAAGGACGUGCCCCCCACGAACCUCUCCCACCAGAUCCAGCUCGACAAACGCAAGUGUUGACGGUCCUCUCCGGGAUUCCGAGGAGAUCCACUGUACCGCUCUUCCGCUCUGUCUGUUUGUAAGACCCAUCCCCUCCGGUGGCCCAAGCUCGCCGAUCGCUGAAGCGGACCGUCCCUUAGACGGCUGUGUAUCCAUCGCCGCCGGAGUUCCCAUCUCUAUCGCAUGUAUCCUCUACUUUCCGUCACACAGUCGAUCGUCUUGGGUUGGGCCAAGGGUGAUUUCUUAUUGGGUCUGGACUGCUGAGUUCUAUAAUUGUAGCCCACAAACCAGCUACACAAAACCAGGAAAUACGGUACUGCUCUUGAAGGUCCUGAUUGUGCUAAUUUAUUUGAAAAAUGUGGUUUUGAUAUUGGCUUGGUUGAUAAAAAUUUCCAGUGGAUUCACCAGAACCUUAAAUUUGCGUAUAAUUGCAUAUUAUCUUAUUAAGAAGAGUUUAUCGGUGGAUUCACCGAGACAGAUUCCAUUUCACUCUUCCUCGUCUUUUGAAGAGAGGACUUUUACACCAUACUUUCUUUCCAUGGAAGAAGAUGAUUUCUUGGCUUCACUGCCGAGCAUUGGCUUCAGCUUUACCACCGGUUUGUUAUUUUGCGUAGCGGUCUGUACGGGGCCAGAAGAUGCAACCGAGAUUAACAUGUGUUGUCUCGCAGGUGAGAGUUGGCCCUCAACGUCAUAUCAUUUUACUAAGUUUAAGCUGUCCGACUGUGUUGGAUAUGCCCCAUCGACGCAUCCAAGCCUUGUCUUGAAUUCGCUGUCAUCUUCCUUUGAAGACCUAUCUUUCUUAAUUUGGAUUGUUAUCGUAGCUUAUGCUUUUUAUCAAAGAGGAUGGAUAAUUCCCUCUUGUAUUUGUAAUCAAGAAAGUUAAUGAAUGAAAGUAAGUCUGUGUUCAAAAAAAAAAAGAUUGCUGAUGCCCUUAUAAUUUAGAUCAUUUAAAAAAAAUCUUCUACAUUUUUUCCACUAAAAUUUCAUUACUUCUAUCAAAAUUACAAAAUUAAAGUCAUAAAGAAUAAUGGAGCGUAAAUUAUUACACAAACAGAUACAUGCAUGACUCAUAUGCUAGAAAAAGGUAUUAAAAUCUUCUCCAUGUUGACGAAUCUUCAGCUUCUAAAUGAGACCGAACUAUGACAGAGAGAUCAUUGGAAUGUGGACUCAACCAAAACUGGGAAGAAAUCCAAAUUACUAGUAUAAAACCCUAUCUAAUAGCGCCUAGGCCUAAUCAUCCCAUCAGCAGUCAGUAACAAGAUCUGCCCCCACUUUUGAGAAUGCCUCCUCCCCUGAGAAACCCCGACCACCGUUCCCCGAAGAGGCCACGGUUCCCUCUUCCUCCUCCCGUCCCUGAAGAGGAGGAAGAAGAAGAAGACGAGUUCAGCGACGUUAGUGCCGAUGACGAGGAGGAUUGCAGCGACGAAAGCGCCGAUGACGAAGAAGAUGACGUCGAAGUAGUCGCUGUCGUUACGGUAGCGGAGGCUCAAUCAAGAAGAUCCGUUGGCAGCAGCAGCAGCAACCCUAGCUCCCCCGUUAAGCUGAACAGCUCUGAGAUUCUCGAUUGUCCCACUUGCUUAGAGCCACUCAGGGGACCCAUCUAUCAGUGUGUGAAUGGGCAUAUAACUUGUUCUCCGUGCCUCCCCAGAGUCUAUAAGCAAUGCCCUGUCUGUAGGAUACCCAUCGGGAACAUCAGAUGCAGAGCCAUGGAGAUGGUCAUUGAAUCAUCUGCUGUCCCCUGUCGUUACGCCAUCUACGGGUGUAAAGAAACCACGUUGUAUGGGGACCAAGCACAUGAGAAGGUGUGUCCGUACAUCCGUUGCCAGUGCCCCGUAACGAACUGCAGCUACACCGGCGCCUACAAGGAGGUCGAAGCCCACGCUCGUCUUCAGCACUCUUGGGACGUGGAACACCUCAUCCCGUUCGUGUUCAACACCCCUCAGAUAUUUAGCAUCAACCUGGCUAGGACCAGUAGGGCAGUUUUUCAGGAAGAGAAGGAGGGUGAUAUGAUUGUGGUCCAGACUUUCAAAAGGACGAACGGUGGUGUUUGUGUGACCGUGAGCCAUAUCGCGCCUUUGUCUCUUGGAUUACGCAACCUCUCGUGCAGUCUUGCUAAGCUCAAUGCGUAUACCACACUGAGGCUUGGGGUGAUGGUGAAGAAAAUCCAGAAACUGAGAGAGCAGGAAGAGCCCAGGGAGGACUUCCUGUUUAUUCCGGAUUAUAUGUUGAGUGAUAAUCACUUGAAGAUGCAGAUUUGCGUAGGAAGUGAAUUUAAGUAUGUUCAUAUCUGAGGAAGAAGUGAUGAUGAUUGCUCAUCUUGAAGAUGCAGAUUUGCUGGCAUGUGAUUGUCUGUAGUCAGCUGCAGUGUUUUGCGCAACUCUUUUGACCUUAGUGUUUUAUUGCUUAUGAUUGUAGUGUUAUGCAGUGCCGUUUUAAUGUUAUACAUGGCCCUAAGCCAAUUUUAAAAUUAUGUCUUUUAUAUAAAAUUUAUCUAAUAUUAUAAACCAAUUAAAAUGCAAAAAUAAUUUGAAACUUCAUAAAAGUACUCUAAAAAGAAAGAUGAAUGAAAUGGUAUUUAUUUAUUUUUUAAAAAACUUAAAAUUUCAUUAACAAUAGAAUACAAUCAACUGUUUAUAAGAAAUGGUAAAUUUAAAACAAUCAAAUAUAAUUUUCUUACAUUUUUCCUAUAAAACCGUUCAAAAAAUUCCCUAUAAUCAAAUAUUUUAAUCAGUGUUUUGAUAAUAUUAUUGUUUCAAAAAAUUAAGUAUUUCAAUAGGAUUUCUAACUUCUUAUGGUAUCAGAAAAUCUUUAGUUCUAUAAAAAAAUCAUCACCAAUUAUUAAUAAAUAUUCUUCUAAC